GCUUGACAGGGUACACAACAUCUGCUAGGAAGAGAACGGUCAAAUCUAUCAUCAUCAGAGUAUACAGAUGGAGGCUAUUGCUUCUGACCAGCAACAAACAGAUGACCCUUUCCAGUCUUUGAAACUUGCAUCUCAUGAUGUCCUAGAAAGAGCCCUACAGAAUGGAAGAUCUACAUGUCACAGGUGUAAUGGUUCAAGAAUGUUUUACUGUUACACAUGCCAUGCUUUACUGAAAAGUCUGCCACAUGAAGAGAUUCCAGAGAUAAAGCUUCCUUUAAACAUUGACAUUAUAAAACAUCCUAAUGAAACAGAUGGCAAAAGUACAGCUGUACAUGCUAAACUUCUAGCUCCAAAUGAUGUCAACAUUUAUAUAUAUCCUUGCAUUCCUGAGUAUGAAGACCAUAAGCAUGAAAUUGUUCUUCUGUUUCCUGGUGUUGAUUCCAUUUCAGUAGAAGAUAUUCCUGCUCACGUGCAAAAAAUGUGUAAGAUGACUGCUGUACCUGGUAAAGAGACUACUGAUUCCAAAGAAGAACCAUUUCCAAAGCGCUUGAAGUUGGACCUUCAAGAAUGCUCCAGCAGCUUGAUAGAAAACAAGUUGGCAAAACAUUGUGUAACAGCAGAACAAAAGACCAAGCCUCUUCUGAAAAAAGCAGUCUUCAUUGACAGUACAUGGAAUCAGACUGGUAAAAUUAUUACUGAUGAACGACUUCGAGGUAGGUUUAAAAAAAAUGUGUACACCCAGCUAAAUGUUGGCAGAAGGAGGUUUGCAGGCCAGUUGUGGGUGCUACUUGCUAAAGAGGCUAAAUUCAAGUGCCUUGCUAUAGGAAAACAGAUCAAAGUAAGAGAAGGAAAAAUAGAUGAACUGUAUGAUGGAAAGGUUAUUGCAUAUACCCAAGAAGAAAAAGAAAUUAAGAAGACAUUUGACAGUUUUGUUUAUAAGAUUAAUAAAAAGGAGGAUGUGCAAGAGGAAGUAUCACGAUUUAUGAAAAUAGCAUAUGAGAUUUAA